AUGACUUCUCUAUCCCCCGAAAGCCUCCUCUCCGCACUAAAAACCUUCACAUCCAAUCCGCCCGCUUCACUUCUAGAAAACCAUGUCCUGAGAACAAAAUUACAAACACCCGCUGAUGCUCUUGCCAGAGUGUUGCUUUCUCAGUAUGUCAAGCCUGUAGAGAGUGUUUGCAUUCGUAUCGCAUGGGAUCUGAAUUUAUUCCCUCUACUAUCCACUGGAGAAAAAUCAUUGGAGGAGUUGGCACAGUUUACUGAAGCAGAUAUUGUUUUGCUUGCACGUCUACUCCGCAGUUUAGCUGCUUUCGGCGUAGUUAAAGAGAAUGGAAAAUACUAUACGCUGUCUCUUUCCUAUACAUUAUUUGCAGACUCGACCUCCAAAGAGGAAGUCCUACCCACCUCUACUAGACGCGAAAGCUCAUUCGCGGUUCCGCACAGUGCCGAAUUUCUAGGCCCAGCUUACUUGGCUUUACCUGGAUUCCUGGCGGAUACAAAUUACAAGAAUCCGACAGACCCGCAAAAUACUGCUGUCCAGACUGCAUUUAUUUGGGAUUUUUGGAGAGAGACCCGAGACGGCGCAGGCAUUUGCAAUGCUGAUGAGUACCUGAGCGGAGGGAACUUCGCCGGUGCAGGAUCUUUUCCCGAUAGCUCGAGCUACGUUUCCGGAGCUGGAGGGCCGGUUUGUGGUGCGGAUAGGAAUAAGGGAAUUGAGUACGUGGUUCAUGAUAUUUUCACUGAACAGCCUGUUAAAGUUCUUUAUGAUUUUACCGACGGCAAAUGUGUGGUUAUUCUUACUCAAUUGCGCACAGCUAUGAAGUCAGGUUAUUCAAAACUCUUCAUAUACGAACAGAUUAUUCCGAGAUCGGGAGCGUCGGCGUGGGCAGUGACGCAGGAUUUCAAUAUGAUGACGCUUUUGGGAGCGGCGGAGAGAAUGCGAGAUUGUUUCGUAAAUGUGCUUUCUGGUACGGGGUUGAAAUUUUUGGAGUCUUAUCCUGCGCUGGAUGGAGUUUCAGAGGGGCUUGUGGAAAUUGAAGUUGAGUGA